UACAAGAAAAAAGACUAGCCAAAUAUAAAAGAUUUAUAAUUUUAUUCUACAAAGGAAAACCUAAUUAUAAUAAAUAUGCUGUUAUUUCGUUCCUGAGAUAGAAAAACCAAUUUAAGAAAAUCCGGAAGAACAGCUAAUAUAUUUUUCUCGGCAAUGCUCUUUUUCUUCGUAAACAGUUCUUCCAUUCAUAGAAAAUGAAGUAAUCAUAUUCUACAGUAAAAGAUUGCUUAUUCUCUUUUCCUAAAAAUAUAUACUAUAUGACGAUCGAGUACUAGAACCUUAUAUUUUCUCUUUAAAGAAUUGUUGGAUCCCCCAUUAAUAUUUAUUCUAUUCUUGCAAACCUUCUUAUAAAUAUACAUAUGCCUUCUCAAGCCAAUUAAGCAAAAACAGAAAAAGCAAAUCAGUUCUAAAAAAAAAAGAACAUAAAGAAAAUGCGAACUGUGAGUGCCUUUAUUGCUACUCCAUCAACAACAGAACUAACCGUAAAAACUACAUUUUCACCGCCGGCGGGUUUUCAGAGAUCGCCGUGGCAUUCUCCCGCGCCGUAUCUCUUUGCCGGCGUAGCAGCCAUGCUAGGGUUAAUAGCUUUUGCUCUUGUAAUCUUAGCUUGCUCUUACAGGAAACGCUCCAGUGAUGAUCCUGAAGCCGGCGCCGACGAGGACGAUAACUUAAAGGUCAUGCCGGUUUUUGAAGAGAAAAUAGUAGUAAUAAUGGCGGGUGAUUUGAACCCAACUUUUUUGGCGAUGCCUAUAUAUAUGUCAAGCAAAGGUUCUUCUUUUGGGAAUAAAUGUGAGAAGAAAUUGGAAAAGGAGAGUGAAGAAUUAGAUGGUGAGAAGCUGAAAGAGCAAGUAAUUGCAAUGGAAGUUAGGGACCAAAGAGAUGAAGAAUUACAACAUAAUAAUGGAGAGAGUAGCCACUGAGCUCAAAACAGAGUCUUCUCUUCCUUUUUUCUAAAUAUAUAUAUUUGUUUUUUUUCUUUUCUCAAAAUCAACAACAACAACAACCCAGUAUAAUCCCACAAGUAGGGUCUGGGGAGGGUAAUAUGUACGCAGACCUUACCUCUACCCCGAGGGGCAGAUAGGCUGUUUCCAG